CAGCGCAUCUGAAAGCGCCACGCGAUGCAGUGACCGUCUUUGUUCGAUGGGCAAGGCACAGGCUGCGAGGUCUGAGAGGCCUGUUAGGGCCAAUUGAAUGAUCUCGAGUUGAAUCGUGUAAAUUAGGUUCGAGGUUUGCGAGGAGGCGACUCAUUCAAUUCAAUUUGUUGGAUGGCAGCGAUAUGUUCUGGAGCUAAAUGCCUAUGUUUGCUUGCCAAUGACGACCUACCCAUAGUCAACCAUGACCUCAACAAUGUACCGCACCUCCGACUCAAAUCCCAUCCCCAGCUGGGAUCGCUGCUGCCGUCACCAUCCUAGAAUCUCACCCAGAUCCGGAGCAACGCUGCUGCUGCUGGCGAACAGUGGAACAACGCGGCCGCCCAGAAUAAACACCUCAUUCGAGACCCGACAUCGCACCUGAUCGCUUUGACAUUCCUCGAAGACAUUGAUUGAUUUGUCAAUGAACCGCAUCAGAACAUCAACGGGCCGAUGUUCACAUCUACUUCAUAAAUGUAACACUUAAAGACAAGCCACAGCCGUGCAAUUGUGGCCAUGCAUCCCAAACUAUGGGCCAUACCGUAAACCACUGCACGCGAGUCUGUGCUUCAACUACGGAAUAGCAAAAUACACGCACUGGCUGCUGAAGCCCGCUCGUGGCGAGCAGACCUCGACAUUGGGAUCGAUCCAGUUCCUGACCAUGUUGUUGCUGUCAUGCCCAAAAACAUCUGAUCAUUUCGGUGCCACGCUGAUAGAUUAAAACCUUGCUCUCUGGCGCCAACGAGCAGGGCGGAACCUUUCUUCGCCCAGAACCCAGUCCGUGCACGGUUUCCGGCCGGAUCAGGCUCGUGUUGCACAACAACCAGGAGGGAUGGCGGCGCCCAGGCUGCUGUGCACGCUGGGGUCGCGUGUCCCACUGCUCUCGCUCUCCUCCUCCCGCUCGUCCUCCCUCUCCUGCUCCUUCUUCUCCUCUCUCUCCCUCGCUGGCCCCUGCUGCCCUGCGGCUGCUCGGCGCCCGCUCCUCUCGCCCGCCACGUGGCUCGGAGCCGGGUGUGUGGUGAGCACGCGCUGUGUGUCACGGAGCACCUCCGACACGUGGUGGCACGAGCACCUCUCGGAGGAGAACAACGCCUUCCUGCGGCGCCACAUCAAGCAGGAGUUUACUGAGCUCACGGCUGCGCGCCUCAACCCCCUGAAGGAUGAGCCAUGGUCCCGGCACACGUGGACGCCUGGCUCACGGAGAGUUGGUCUUGUUGCUGUCAAACUGGGCAUCAUGCCAGCCUGGACCAAAUCUGGUGAAAAGCAACCCGUCACCGUCUUGCAGGUGCAGGACUGCCACGUGCUGCAGCACCUCUCCAAGGAGGAGUACGACGGUGUAACAGAUGUCCUCCUUGUAGGCGGAAAAAACGUCUCUCCAUUUAGUCACUCGAGGGUUCACUUGGAGCGGUGCCGCCUGGCUGGAGUUCCUCCCAAGCAGAAGGUGUCAGUAUUUGAGGUGUCCAAGCACGCCCUUGUCAAGCCAGGAACCCCGCUCUACGCCGCCCACUUCCGGCCUGGGCAGUACGUGGACGUGACAGCCAAAACCAUUGGCAAGGGCUUCCAGGGCGUGAUGAAGCGGUGGGGCUACUCGGGGCAGCCGGCCACUCACGGGCAGACCAAGACGCACCGGCGCAUGGGCGCCAUCGCGGCCGCGGGCCCUGCACGCGUGUGGCCCGGAACCAAGAUGCCCGGACGCAUGGGGAACAUCUACCGCACCGAGCACGGUCUCAAGGUGUGGAGGGUGAACACCAAGUAUAACGUGCUGUACGUGCACGGCUCCAUCCCGGGCCACAAGAACUGUUUGGUCAAAGUGCGGGACACCAUCCUGCACAAUCGCUUGAAGUUCAACGAGAACCCGCCCUUCCCCACCUACUUCGCCGAUGGGGAGGAGGAGCUGCCUGAGGAGUUGUUUGACGAGGAGCUCUUCAAUUUCGACCAGCCGUCCAUCACCUUUUGAGAGCCCGAGCCCCGCUCUGCCCACACACAGCUACUACAGACACACACCUACUCGACACACACACACACAGCUACUACAACAACAACCGCCAUUCGCCACUAAGUGGCGGUGACGUCACCACGACGCUUGUGCCAGGCUAUGUGCACCU